UUUGGCGCAUGUCGAAAAAUUUUUGUUUUGUCAAAAUUGGCGCGAAGAAUGUUGGUUUGCCAACGGGUUUUCGUAAACUGAAACGUACCCGCCACUUUCUUAUCCGAUAUAAAUCAAAUAAUUCAUCGAUCCAUUGGAACCCACAUGCUUCCGAAAUAAUUUAUUGGAACGCACAUGCUUCCAAUGAAAAGUGUGCGUCAAGUUAAGAGACUGUCAUUGGUUUAGUUUUGUGAAAGAGACCUACAUUGCCGAUUGCUUUAUUUCUGCAAGCUGAACUAAUUUAAUCAAGUCCAUUGACGGAGCCAACACAAUGUCAUCUCAAAGCUAAUAAAUCGCAGAAAAUGGAGAUGAUGCCUGACAAUAUGGAUGUAAAAGUGAAGAUAGAGACACCACGUGAAAGUAGUUUCAAUACUAUCAUGUCAGAUGGUUUGGAUUUCAAGAGAGAUCCCUACACGGAAGACAAUGUUGAUAAUUCACAAGAUUCCUUCCUUGUGGAUUUUAAUGACCAUGGAAAUUAUAGCAAUCAAACAUUUACGCAGAUAGAAAGCAAAAGUCAGUAUCAAGAUUCUCCAGGAUCAGGUGUAAAAUCAAGUUUGCGGAAGCCGCCAUUCUCCUUCUCUAAAAUGAUCCAAGAUCUCCUCCUUAAACAUGAAAAAUUAUCUGUGAAAGAGAUUUUGACAUGGCUGGUACAUGAAUUCCCAGAAUAUUUUUCUAUGGAGGAUAAAAAAUGGAAGGCCAGUGUUCGCAGCUGUUUAACUCAAAAAGACCAUUUUGUAAAUGAAAAACCUGAAGGAAAGCCAAGUUGCUGGAGAUUAUCGGACACAGUGCUAAGAAAACUCAAAUCACCUGUUUUUGAAUCAGAACAUUUAAUGAAAGAGAACAUUCCUAUUGAUAGAGGGUCAUGGAAUAGUGGAAAGUAUAAGACAAUUGCUCCAAAACUGCAUUCCUACUCUGAAAACAGCUCUGAUGGAAUCGUCUCUCAACCUCCUUGGAGCAGCACUCCUCUCAAGUCUCAAAAUAUCAACGAAAAACGUCUUUGUGUUUCAGAGGACAAGAAUUUGUUCCGCAGAAAUGUUGCAGCAUUUACAAGACCUUCUACUGGAACAACAUUUAGAAUAGGGCCAGCUUCUUCUACAGAAAAGAAAAAUGUUUUGUUGUCAAAAAAUAAAAGAAUAAAGGGAGAGGAGUAUGAACCAAGGUCUAAAGCUCGUAAGAGGCUGUUGGAUAUUUCAGAUUCAAAAAAGCAUAUUCAUUUGCAAAUAACUGGAAAUAGUUGUACUUCACAUCCAGAUGGUAAAUUUAUGAAGCUACAUGAUGACAUUGCAAUCAGUACUGAUAAUGCAAGUUUCAAUUUUGUUGGCAAUAGUACUGAUAAUAAAAGAAAAAUGGAAACUUUCAGAGAUCAUCCUGAUUACCCAUUUUCUAUGAAAAACAACCUUCCCUCUGAUAAGAGUUCAAAUGCAGGAGAAGAAAGUCUAUCAGAGUCACAAAGUGGCUUUUCAUCAAAUUGAUUCAAGUUUGUGAAGGGAAUCCUCAAAAAUCUAUUAAUUGUCAUGAAACAUCAAGCAAUACAGUAGAAGAAGCAGGUCAACACUCUUCUGUCUUUAUUCAUGAAGAAACCAAUGAUUCUAAAAAAAACUUUGGUGGUCAACAUACAAAGGAGUGUGAUGAUGUUUUUGAAGUUCUUCGUAGAGAUUCUCAGAGUUCUUGUGACAUCCUCAGCCAGUUUACUGAUAGCGAAUCUUAUGACCUAUCAUGUCUGGACACUCUAGAGUUUGAUGGCAUCUAGAUUAAUGAUCAACAGUUUAAACAACCAGACAUUCCUUGAAAAAAGUAACUUUUUGGGAUUGGGAUACUUUUUCCACAACAUCAUAUAAAGAUACAAAAAUCUCUAAUGCCUCUUUGAAAAGAUAAGCACUUUUGCAAUAAAAAUAUUCUAGAUUUAUUUACAAAACAAUACCUUGUAUUUGGCCUUGUAAAAUAUCUCAGAAAACUGCCUCAGAAAUUCAAUAUAGCCACUUCCAAAUAACAUUGAUCUACUACUAAACCAUAAAUCAAAAUGCCAAAGAUUUUAUUGAAGGUUCCAAAUAAAAACUAGACAAACUCAUCUUAUUGGAUUAAUUCAACCUGAGAGUGGGAAAAAACAUAUUUUCAUACAAAAGUCUAUUUUAUUUAGAGGUUUUUAUAUUCUGAAAUAUAAUGCAGAUCUUACUCCUUUUAUUAGGAUUGUGUCAUCUUCACACAGGUGUUGUCCUUCUUUGCUCUUGCAGGGUUUUAAUAGGUUAAAAAAUUUGGUAUCAGCACCAUAAUUGGAAGAUUUUAGAAUUUUUAGAGGGAUAUUACUGAAAUUUUUCGAUUUUACAGUGAUUAUUUUGUAGUUGUUCAAUGAAGUAUCCUUGAGUUCAUGAUAAUUUUGCACCCUUUUCCCUGUUGUUGUCUUGGUUUUAUUAUGCCACUUGUUCAAACAGCUUGAAUUUUUGUACCAGUGCCUUUCUAAAGAUAAUUUACCAAGUGUUUUUUCUACUUUCAUUUUUAUAGCCUCUAGUCAGCUUCCAAACAAUCCACUUCUAGUCCAUUAAUUUUUUAAAUAUUUUUGCAAAUGCACCAGUUAAUAAUUUUUUGCUGAUUUUUGAACCCAAGGGUACUUCAAAAACCACAAUGUCAGUCAUACGUAGUACUGUAGAUUUAGCAAGAGAAAGAGCUUCAUAUUAUGAUUUCAAAUCACUUUUACAUGCUACGAAAUAUACAAUAAAUCGCGUAGUCUAUCUUUGAGUUAAUUGUUAACAAAUGCACUCCUUUUGACCAAAUUGGAACUAUAAUCUCGGAAAAAAAUGGUUGCGACUUUUCAAAGGAAGCAUAUAUUUUCACUUUCCUUUCAAAAAUAACUUUUCCCCUCCCCCAAUUCAAUGUUGAAUGCAUGAUUUUGAAGGAGAAAUGAUAGAACUACAAAUCCAAUAUUGAAUCGGGGGAAAGGGGGGAUUCGAAAUUACAGGGGCAAGGUAAAGUAGAAAAUUACAAAAGUUGCAUUUUGUCUCAACAUUUUUGUCCGGGAUUGAAGCUAUCAUGUGAGGUCGCCGGUGAUAGAAACUGUUGAUCCGCGUAUAGUUUGAAGGGGUUUGAAGUCGAACGCCCUUAGGGGCGGCUCAACCCAGUCCCCUAAUCUUUCAGCUAUCUCGAGCUGAGUAAUGUCACAGGGGGAAAAUAUUAGGUAGUUUCAGCGCAGAAUUCUCGCGGUUCUUUCAAUUGCGUGAUGUUUCUCUACAUUAGAGUGAAUAACUACUGAUCCAGAAUAUCUUAUGUUUUUGAAAAUUGAUGCUUUUGUAAAUCGUUUUUUGUACUGAUUUACUAUGUGAUUUCCUAAAAGCACCUAAGUUAAAGCAAAUACAGUUUCAACCAUUUCAUCUUGCAUUCAAUUAACAACUCACUUCUUAGCCAAUCGUUGCUAUUAAUUUAUUGAUCCGGGAAUAAUUUAUUUCAGUGGAUUUAUUUGUCUUCCUGUGUGUUUCUCGUCGAAAGGUUAUAUCCUCGUCAAACGUCUAAAGCAUAU